GUUCGUGACUGCAUUCUCGGAAGACUGAACCAUAUAUUAGAUCAUUCAUAUACACCUUCAUCUAACCUAGAUAUACAAAUACAUACACCUCUCGGAAGACAGGAAAUAUAUCAUGUUUGGAGCUAUCGUUGCUGGACGUUUGGUUCAGACCAACUUACAACAAAUUGACGAAACACAUUUCGUCUUUCCCCUUGAACAGCCCUACGAGAUCAACCACUUGACUGUCUUCUUACUUGGAACUGUGCCAUUUCCUGAAGGUUUCGGUGCAUCUGUACACUUUGCUUGGCCGGGUAAAGAGUACAUCCCCCUUGGAGUUUUGACAAAUACGAAGCCUUCAGCCAUCUUCCGUGUUCGUUCGCACUUGCCCCCGAACGCUCCCAUCGGACAACCGUCUCCACCAGCGCAACUGGGUAUUGAGAUUGCGCCCUUACAACAAUUGGAGGCUAUUGCUGCUGGGUUGAGUCAGAGCGCUUCUGGUUCCGGAGCAGGAGUGACAGGCGGAGAUGGGAAGGGAAAAGAGCUGGUGAAGAAUGUGGAUGUAGGCAAGGUAGCUGAAAAGGUUGUCAGGAACUUGUUUAACUUUUUACAUUCUUUCGGGGGGGAGGGAGCUUUGACGCCUGAUACACAAAUUCCUCUUUCAGUAUUCCAGCAAUGGUACACAAAUUUCACUCGGAAGAUUGAGAAUGACAAGGGGGCAUCAUUCCUUGAUAGAGAAGAUUGAUGCACGAUGUACUGUGUUUCAAUACCAGCUAUAUCUAUGUCUGCGUCGGGUCAUUACGUUUGGCACUGGGCGGCGCAACAGCCAACGUCGUCUUACACCUAUUUCUAUGCCUAUCACGACUUUCAAGCUACUAAUAUCCAAGUGUCUUUUUCCUCAAAUCUUUUCUGUCCCUCAUUUCCCUCCUCCAAGGCUCAAUUUUCUUCCAGUGCUCUUCUACUUCCGCCUCUUUCCCACCCUCUGCUUCCGACAUGAGCGACAUGAGAUAUUCAGAGUAUGUCCAUUCAUACGGUGUGCCGAAUAGGAGCUUUUGUCUCGCACUAAGGGUUUUACGAUCGAGCGGGGUAGUUGAUGGUGAAGAGGAAGAACAAACUUUGGUAGUGGUAGUGGGAGGUGUUGCUGCAGCAGUGACUGUGAUAUCGGGUUGAGGUGCGCUCAAAGAUGAUACGUCUAAGUGAUUGAUGGAUGGUACAGAAACUGAUUGUUUGGAAUAAGGGUUCGAUGGGUUUUCAGGUAGAGCGGGAUGUUCGGGGAAAGAAGGAAGGAGAUUUGCCCAGAGGAGGGAGGUGAGACGAGCCUGCACUUGCGCAAGAGGGAAGGGAACUACUUGAUAGGCUGUAAAAGGUAUAACCGUUAGAGCCCCAUUUUGUUUUGUGAUAUGGGAAGAAGUAGGACCCCAAGAUGGGAAACUGAGCCUUAUGCGCUAAACGAAAACUCACAGAGAGCAGGAAAGGCGAUACUGCGAUCUCCUUUCAGAAACAGUAACAGCUCAUCAAGCUUCUUCAUUCCCAAACCUUUUACCCCGCCCUCCUCCCAUUCCUCACCUCCCUUCCUCUCCCCACUCCUAAUCACCCCAUCAACCAAAUCCACCUCAUCCCAAGGUUUGUCUGCACGCUUGAAAAAAGGGUAAGCAAAAUUGUACCCCGUGGCGUAGAUGAUUGUAUCCACCCCUGAGAGCUGUUGUCCGUCUUCAAAGUGGAUGACACCUUUAGGAUAGGCGGAAGAAGGCGGUGAAAGAUGGGAGAUGAGGGGCAGAUUGUGGAUAUAUGGAGCACAGGGUCCGUCAGGGCUUACGGAGUGCGAGGUAGCGCCAGACGACGAGACGUAAACUUUGAUAAAGUUUUCCCCUGUAGCGGCUUUCAAAGAGGAAGAAUCAUCUAACUUUUGGUCGGGGGUGAGCGAACGGCUCAAUGGUUGGCCGGAUGGAUCAUAUUUGUCGAUAUUGUGGGAAGCGAGGAGGCGGGAGAUAUCGCCGCCUGAUGCAAAAGAUCCGACGACGAGGACGGUCUGGCCGGCAUGGUCGGAGGCUCUGCGGUAGAAUCUAGAAUGGAUGAUUUGGCCUGGGAAUGAGCUGUUUUAAAGGUGAUGGAGACGGCAAGAAACAGGUAAAUGAAAAAG